AGGAUCUGACAUCUGUGCCGAUCAAGAGCCAUGGAAACCUAGCCCAGCAGGGUACAGCGCAGAGGAGAACCUGUUCAGUCCGCCUGCGCUGGAUUCCUUGCAUUCCUCCGAGGCGUCAUCAGGAAGGGAUCAGGCACCGUCGUUAAGACUUGAAGAUGCAGUCGUUCACGGAAUCCAUGGGAGCGUUUGGGAAGGAGACGAGUAUCCUCAAUCGAUUUCUCUUCCCAGCGCCGGCUGCGAGCUACAGCUGGGCAUCUUUCGAGGGAGAGCUCAUGUGCAUAGUGGGGAGGGAAGGGAACAUCGUUCCCUGCGCGGUGAUGCCAGGCAUGUCCUCCAAGAUUGUGGAUGACCCGAUGCAGCCUUUCAUGUUCGAUGAUCCAGCCUCCAACAUAGUGAUCUACUGCCAUGCCAACGGGGAGGAUGUCGGGGUGCUCUACGAGGCUGGUCACUGGCUCUGCGACACGCUGGGAGUUCAUGUCCUCAUCCCGGAGUACCCAGGCUAUGGAGUCGCGCCGGACAGUCCGAACGAGCUCUCUGUGAACCGAAACAUCUUGGCCGCCUAUGAGUUCGCCGUGAAAGGCCUGCACUGGGAUCCCAAGAGGGUGAUCUUCUUCGGUCGAUCGAUAGGAACCGGGCCCGCGGUCAAGUUGGCAUCAGAGCUCGAGUGUGGAGGGUUGAUACUUGUUAGCCCGUACACUUCGAUCAAAGAUCUUGUUUCACAGGGUAUCGGGCAUCAUGGCAUUGACCUGCAUUUCGCCGUCGCCCACGAGUGCCCCCGGCUCUUCGACUUGACUUCUUCUCCUCGAUACCUUGAGAUCGACAACUACCUGGCAGACCCUGCCUUGCAGGGAGAUACGGUAGCGUCCCCGAUCCUGCACUUGGUCGAGGUCGGAGCUUCUGCCUCCUACCUGCCAACGCUAGAAAGAGGCAGCAUUCCCUUCCUGAGGGAGCCGCCCGAGGGGAGCAGAGCACAUCACUUUGCUGAAGAUCCGAAGAUGCGAGACGUGAACGGGAAGGUGACGGGAUACAUCGUGACCGACGACGUCCUGCUGGCUCAUCUGAACUCGGAGAUUCAAGUCGAGCACGAGCAGUUCAUUAAGGCUCGCGAGACGUCUCCUGGGACCCGUCCCGUCCGGCACUUCCACGCCACGUCCAACGGGAUGGACCUGCCGGCUCCUCUCCUCGAGAAAGAAGACACGGACGCCUAUGACAACUCGAUGCUCGAGCUGAGAACGGACGAGCGGGCAGUCGGAUGA